AUGGUUAUUCACAUGGGAUUACGUUAUGAAAGAUCAAUGCAACUUGUAAGUUCUUUGAUGCCUCGCCGUGCUCGUUUCAUGGCUGACAAUCGAUCCACGAUGCAAGCAACGCAAUUGUUGAGUUUGUCGAACAGACCUAUUCCUCUUUCUAAUGACUCCAAUCGUUCAUCUCUUCUUACUCUUGAACGAGAUCUCCAAUUGCAACGUCUAACUCAGUUUCAUCUGUCGGAAAUAAGCAAACUUUUCGCUACUUUCCUGAUCGUUACCCCCUCCACUGCAUUGAUCUCUCCACUAUAUUGA